UGAUAAAAAUGAUUUUCCUCUUAUUUGUCUCUGUUUUAAAUAAUAUUCUGCAUAAGCCAACGGGAGGAAAAUCUAUCAGAGGUCAGUGAAAAUGGUACAAACCUGAUAAAAACAAACUUUUUUCUUAGUCUAGUUCUUGUCCUGAGUUCUUGUUUUUAAAAUGACGUCAUUGUCAUGUGAGGAAGCUGAAUACGCAUGCGUGAAACAAAAUGGAAAAAAAAUCUGACGAAAAUCGGAAGAGAAAUCUUGAAGUUGUUCAAAGCAGUAGUGAGGAUGAAACAUGUCAAACAUUUGUUUUACACAAUGAAGACCAUACACUCGGAAACAGUCUCAGAUACAUGGUUAUGAAAAAUCCAGCUAUCGAAUUUUGUGGAUACACUAUACCUCAUCCCUCAGAAAAUAAGAUUAACUUUAGGAUACAAACUAGAGGUGGCCCAGCUGUUGAUGCACUACAGAAAGGAUUGACAGAUCUCAAAGAAGUUUCAGGACACAUUCUCACAACUUUUGAGAGUAAAGUGCAGUCAUAUAAGCGUUUACAACAGAGAAAGGAUGAAGCUGAUUCCAAUAUGGACCAGUCAUGACACAGAUAUUAGAACCUAUAGGACUAUAAAGGAUAACAUGUACAUAUUAACAGAUGACACUCUAACCAAUG